AUGAAUCAAAGCAAAAGCGACACUGCAAUUUUCUUCACAAAUUCAAACAGCAAUGAGAUAAUUAAAGAAAUUGAUAUAGACAUUGAUAUAUAUCACGCGAAGGUUACAUUUUCCAAAGUGAAUAGUAAUUGCAAAUGCAACUUAGAUUGCUUGGAUUGAAUGGAAGAUUAUAUUAAUCAGAUGACAUCCAGUUUCAAUGCAUUUAUGGAAUUAAAGAAUAGAAAUUGCAACUCACAUAAUAGUUUUUUAAGUGAGAAUACGACAAAUCGCAGUUUAAAUAGCUCUUAUGAAUCAUCAUUAACUUCCUUUCAUAUUUUUCCAAUAUUACUAUUCCUUUUUUGAGUUUUCAAAAACAAUAUUACAAAAUUUAUUAAUAAGCAAGUGAUUAUUUCCAAAAAUUUAAAAGAUAAUGGGAUAAGUAGUUCUGACACUUUUUAUUCAGAAGAAGAGCAAAAAUUGUCAAAUGAAUGAAAAAAAUUGAUAAAAGAAAAAGCUAUUUUUCAAAAGCAAAAUCGCCAGCUAAUUCACGCUAAAAAGGAAAUAUACAGAUCUGUUAAAGCUUUACUCCAAGAACUGAUUUCAACCAAACUUGGAAUAGAAAAUCAAGAUGGUAUUUUCCUAUUUCCAUUAUGUGAGAAUAAAAAGAUGUCUACAUUUUUUAAUAUUUCAGAAAGGACUUCUCUUGAUCAUUCAAUUCCAAAGCAAAAUGCGAUUAGCAGCAGCCUUAAUUUGCAAGAUAAAGCAGACGCUUCGGCUUCUAUUGGCUUUGAAAAUAUUCAUAAUAGCAGUUGCUUUUCAUCAAAAGAAGAUGAAAAGUGUAUACACCCUUUAAUAAAAGAGAGCAUAAUAAGUGAAAGCAAUAAAAAUAAAGAAUCAGAAAAGAAAGCUAAAAUAAGAAAACAAAAUCGAUGAAUUACAGUUCCAAAUAUAGAAAAAUUGAUAAAGCAAGCACCUAAAAAGCUAACACUGAUAGAAAAAGAAAAAAAUGAGCUCGAAGAGAAAGCAAAAAGCAUUUUCAGAAAAUCCACAGAAAUAAACCUCAAAGAAUUUCAUUUAAAACUCAAAGAACAAGAAAUUGCUAAAAAAUUAGAAUACUGCGACCUAAAACAAAAAGAAAACUCUAUAAACUCAGAAAAGAUUGCAAGGCUUUUAAAAAGCUAUAUAAAUCACAUUUAA